AUGUCUUCGUACGGAAGUAGAGUGCACAAAGUCGCAAACAUUUUCCGACGAGUUAGUGGCCUCCUAAAGAAUGGAGCGAUGUCGCCUAACGAGAGGCCACUGUGGUUCGACGUCUACAAAGCCUUCCCUCCUAAAGUCGAACCGAAUUUCGAACGACCGUUGCCUGAGAAUUUAAAUGUUCGUGAGAUACUCUAUGGGGAGGAUAAGGGCCGUGUAGCCUUCCUCCGAAAGUACGCAGUGGAAGACCUGCACAACAUGUUUGCGGUCAAUGACCAGGGCACCUACAUGGCCAGCUACAAGUCGAAGUGUUUUGCAUGGAAUUUAAAACAUAACCUAGGCACUAACACCGAUCUCGUAUUCCUUGGUUCGGGUUCAGCCUACCCCUCACCCCAUCGUGGGGCCUCAUCGCUGGUCCUGCGGCACCACAAGACCGGAGCGCAGUGGCUCUUCGACUGCGGUGAAGGCACCCAAGUCCAGGUCCAGCGUUGCGCCCACGUCCGACCCCAGAGAAUCUCGCGCAUCUUCAUUAGCCACCUCCACGGGGAUCACAUCUUCGGCCUACCGGGCCUCCUUUCAACCAUUUCGGGAAUGCGGGAACAUGCAGUUGAUCCCAAGUGGGUUCACACAAUGGAGCCGGGCACUGGGCCACCGGAGCUGGAGAUUUACGGGCCUUGUGGGUUGAGACGCUUUCUAAGGACCACGACUGCUAUCUCCUGGUCGCUGUUGCGAAUGUCCUACGCCGUGCACGAACUUCAUCCACGUCCUGAACAGGUUUCAACGUGCUUCCACAGGUGGACGGCCUUUGAUCUUGAUCCGGUUCGCGACAAAAUGCUCCCAUUUGAACGCGAAGGCAGGGAUCUCCAACCAGAUGCCGAUGGCUUCUUUCGGAACAUAUUUGGCUCGGAGCCAGGGGCCGGUGAUGGAUUAGAGGACUUCGUGGUGCACGCUUUCAUGCUCGACCACCCAGUUCCGUGCGUGGGCUACUUGCUGCUGGAGCCCGCGCCUUUGCCUCGUCUUCUCGUGGAAAAGGCCGUCAAGUUGGGUGUCAAACCGGGCCCCCUUUUGGGCAAAUUAAAGCAGGGCGAGUCGGUGGUCAUUGAGAAGGAGGACGGAUCGAAGGUGACUGUGACCCCCGAUCAGGUGCGCGGUCCGCCAAUCCGCGGACGUCGCGUCGCCAUCCUCGGCGACAGCCGCGAUUCCUCGGAGCUGCGGCGCCUCCUCGAGACGGAGUUCCCCGGGACCGCGUUGGUCGUCGACUGCAUGGUCCACGAGGCCACGGGACACUCGGUGGAGCAGGGCGAUGCGGAGAUGAGGAGCAAGGGCCACUCGACCGCGCGUGGGGCUGCGGCGUUCGCGGCAACCAUUGGUGUGCGCCAGCUGGUGUUGAAUCACUUCAGCCAGCGCUUCCUGGAAGAAGACAUGUAUUUGCAGUGUAAGCUUUGUGACGUAUUGUCAUUGAAAUCAAUCAAUACAGCGAUGAAGGACGGGAUUGCUCCUAAUUUUAUCACACCAAACCUGCCAACUACACAUCGCACCGGUGUUUGUCGUUCCAAGGAUCCUGGUAAAUACUCCAAAGUGUCUUCGCUGCUUGAAGAUGCGAAGAGCUGUAAAGAAUUCAAAGGGAAGGUGGAACUGGCCGCGGACUUGAAGGUCAUUCCCAUAGUUGCGAAUAUCGAAGAAGAAGGCGUACCAAAAUGA